UCUGUGUCAGAAGGAGCAUUUAGACAGCAUGGAAUCAUCAUCUUCUUCUGAAUGCGUAGUGCAUGCAUGCUUCCUGGAUUUACCUUUACCUCUGGAUCUCAUUGGAUCUAUGACUCUCUCUCCCAUUCAGAGCCGUGAGUAUGUUUGCUAGCACAAAGUUUUAUAAUCAUUAGCUAAUCGUAUCUUUUCCGACAAUGAAGCUUUUAGCCUAAAGUGCAAGGAGGAGGGAAAAAUCAAUAGCUUUUUCUGAAAUAGUUUUUGUGGCUCGGCUGGCUCUAAUGAUCAGCCAGAAAACUGGAGUCCUCCGAGUGUGGCCAUGCCUAAGAAGAAAAGGACUGCAACAACACCAAUCGUUUCUUUUUCAUCAGGGUACCACCGUGAAUGCCAGCAUCUAUAUUUAAUGCACAGUGGAAGGCUUUCUUUUGCUUUUAAGAAAGUGAUGUGAUUGAUACCUGCUCUUGGACAAUCUUGUUGUCCUAGUCCAUUUAGAAGAAGAAUCCCUGGAGAACUGUGGGCUUUAGACUGCAAUACUUGCCAGUUAAUUGAACCCAUUUCCUACUUCUUCAGGCUCUUAGGUUCUCCCCCAUGCACAGAGAGCUCCCUGGUCCUUCAUUGAUCCUCUCUCAGGUCUCAGCUCGUCUGGAGCUGGAGUCACAGCCCAGAGUAGCGUGCACCGCUUGUGGGCAGCUCGAUCACCUCCUCCCUCCUUGCUGCCCACUCCACCUUCCAGCAUGAGACUGCUGUACACUUGAUCUCCCAGCUGGUGAGGACAGGAAGGUUGUGUCGAAUGGAUUUUGAGCUUCAUGUUUACAUUACUCCACUGUCGGAUCUGUGAGAGGAUGCUGUAACCUUAUCCAGGUGCGCCCUCCCUCUUCUGCCACGCUUCCACUUUCCGAACUGCCUCGGCGCUUGACAGCUGUUGCGGCUUUGUCCUGGCCCCAAGGGCUGUGAUGAACUACAUCUUUGGGAACAACACGCUGUACCCGCGAGGCGGUCGGGCCAACGCCGCAUCCGGACAUGCCGCCCCAGGGUCCAAACAGAGGCAGUGGGCCAAGCGGAGCUCCAGUGAAGAACUACCUUCGUCUUCCUCUCGCUGGCAGCAGCUGCUGGCCUUCUUCACGCGACGUGGUGCCUUCAGCGACUGCAUCACGGCAGGAGCGAGCCAGCAGGCAGAUGUCAUUGCUCCCUCCGCUCCCAUAAUCCCUGUGAUCCCUAUCUCACCCGUCCCAGCUGAGACCACUGCCAUCCCUGCACCCACGUCACAGGCAAGCCCAGCACCAGUGGUGGUGAACACAGAAAGCCUUGACACCUCGCCCUAUGUGAAUGGAACAGAAGCUGAUUAUGAGUAUGAGGAAAUUACACUUGAACGGGGAAAUUCGGGCCUGGGUUUCAGUAUUGCAGGCGGUACCGAUAACCCCCACAUCGGUGAGGACCCAAGCAUCUUUAUCACCAAGAUCAUCCCAGGAGGAGCUGCUGCACAGGAUGGCAGACUCGGAGUUAAUGACUGUAUACUGCGGGUAAAUGAUGUAGAUGUGAGAGACGUAACUCACAGCAGCGCUGUGGAGGCACUGAAAGAGGCGGGCGGCAUUGUCAGACUGUACGUCAGAAGAAAAAAAGCUGUCACAGAAAAAAUAAUGGAUUUAAAGCUGGUAAAAGGUCCUAAAGGUUUAGGUUUCAGUAUAGCCGGAGGAGUUGGAAACCAACAUAUUCCUGGGGACAACAGUAUUUAUAUCACCAAAAUCAUUGAGGGAGGAGCGGCCCACAAAGAUGGACGGCUACAGAUUGGAGAUAAACUCCUGGCUGUGAAUGCUGCUUGCCUUGAAGAGGUCACUCAUGAAGAUGCCGUGACUGCCUUGAAAAACACCCCUGAUGUCGUCUAUUUAAAAGUGGCUAAACCCACUAGUGUCUUUAUGAAUGAUAGUUACGUUCCUCCCGAUGUCACCAGCUCCUAUUCCCAGCACAUGGAGAACCAUAUCAGCACCCAAAGCUAUCUGAGUCAGCCAUUAACCCCCGCCACCCCAUCUCGGUACUCUCCUAUCUCAAAAGGCAUGCUGGGAGAUGAUGAGAUCACAAGGGAGCCUAGGAAAAUAGUCCUGCAUCGGGGCACAACAGGACUAGGCUUCAACAUUGUAGGAGGAGAAGACGGCGAGGGAAUCUUCAUCUCAUUCAUAUUAGCAGGAGGACCUGCAGACCUGUGUGGAGAAUUAAAGAAAGGAGACCGGAUCAUUUCUGUAAAUGGGGUGGACCUCCGCAGUGCAACACACGAACAGGCAGCUGCAGCACUGAAGAAUGCUGGACAGACCGUCACCAUCGUGGCUCAGUACAGACCUGAAGAGUACAGUCGAUUUGAAGCCAAAAUCCAUGAUCUACGGGAGCAGAUGAUGAACAGCAGUAUUAGUUCAGGCUCCGGCUCAUUGCGGACUAGUCAGAAGAGGACCCUGUAUGUCAGGGCUCUGUUUGAUUAUGACAUAACGAAAGAUUCCGGCCUGCCCAGUCAGGGGCUGAACUUCCGCUUCGGCGAUAUCCUACAUGUCCUGAAUGCUUCGGAUGAGGAGUGGUGGCAAGCACGGCAUGUGACUCCAGAUGGCGAGAUCGAGGAGAUGGGCGUCAUUCCCAGCAAAAAGAGGGUGGAGAGAAAAGAAAGAGCCAGGUUAAAGACGGUUAAAUUCAACUCCAAGUCUCGAGACAAAGGGGACCUGAGUGACGACAAAGGCUUGAAGCAUGUAACUUCUAAUGCCAGCGAUAGUGAAAGUAGUUACCGUGGACAGGAAGAGUAUGUCCUCUCGUACGAGACAGUCGCGCAACAGGAAGUGAGUUAUGCUCGUCCAGUGAUUGUCCUUGGUCCCAUGAAAGACCGGAUCAAUGAUGAUCUAAUCUCGGAGUUUCCGGACAAGUUUGGAUCAUGUGUUCCCCACACGACUAGACCAAAGCGAGACUACGAGGUUGAUGGCAGAGACUACCAUUUUGUUAAUUCACGGGAACAAAUGGAAAAAGACAUUCAGGAUCACAAGUUCAUCGAGGCCGGCCAAUAUAACAACCACCUCUACGGGACAAGCGUGCAGUCGGUGCGAGAGGUCGCAGAAAAGGGCAAGCACUGCAUCCUGGAUGUGUCGGGCAAUGCCAUCAAACGACUCCAGUUAGCACAGCUCUACCCCAUUGCGGUGUUUGUGAAACCCAAAUCAGUGGAGAAUAUUUUAGAGAUGAAUAAGAGAUUGAUGGAGGAGCAAGGUAGAAAGACUUAUGACAGAGCCAUAAAACUGGAGCAGGAAUUCCUCGAGCACUUCACCGCCAUUGUACAAGGGGACACAUUAGAAGAGAUCUACAACCAGGUUAAGCAGGUCAUCGAGGAGCAGUCUGGGCCAAUCAUCUGGGUGCCAGUCAAAGAGAAAUUGUGAGAUGACUGGAGACAAACAUUUUUUUUUUUUUUUCUUUUUUUUAUACUAACCUGGCCUGCUGCUUGCAUUGGCUUUCUGACCCCUGAGUAUAGGAAACAGAUUUUCUUUGGAUGGGCCUGGGGUCAUGGUGGUCUUAUGGCCACCUCUCUCUCUCUCAUGCCUCUCUUUGAAACUGCUGUCUAGAACUCGCAUCCCAAUCUCCGCAUUAACCUCCGGUGGGAGGAGACAUGCCUGACCAGCGACUUACUGGACAGAUUAUACGGUACAGAUUCCUUAAUGUUUAAGGGAGGUGACUUUCUCGAAGGAAAACCAAUGAGAUAAUGCAUUAUAUACAUUUUGGUUUGUUCUUUUUCCCAUAUAUGAUCAGAAAUGAAUGCUUUGGUGUAUGUCUCUGAAAAGACAUAAAUCCCCACUUUGCACGUUUUUGCAUUAAGAGCAUGUUUUGAAUUACUCUUUUUCAGUUAACAUAUGUUCUUACGUUUUUGUCAGACAGAUUUGAGCUACGUGAAGUGCAUAUUUCUUUUGUUUUCUCUCAGUUAUCUUGUAAAAUCAAGCAGCCCACUAAUUUUAAGCAGCUGAUCUUUUUUGUCACAAGUGCACAAAGAGGACAAAAACAUUUGGCACAAAAGUUCUUCUUUUUAUAUUAAAUGUCUAUUUGUCUUAACAAUCUGUGUACAUUUUAAUCAAGGUGCAUAUGAAAGUAGCUUUUAGUCGAGGUGAAAAGGAAUAGCUUACAAUUGUCUUUCAAAUCCAGGUAAUGCAAAUAAGAGAGUAUAAAUUGUAAUGUAUAUUCAACCCUCAAUAUACUGCCUAUUUUGUUAUAAUAAAACUCUAUAUUGAGCUUUAAUUGAACUCCACACCUAUGGGAAUUAUUUUCUUUAUGUCAAGCAUACACUCAUAUGAAUAUGUGUGUAUGUAUAUAAAAAUAAAUAUAAAUAGAUCUAUAAAUAUAUAUUUUCCUUUACUUUUACCACCAUCACUUUUAUUGUUAAUGGUUUGUUUGUUUUAUGCAAAGACACAGACACAUAGUAUACACAGGGACUGAAUGGUGGUGUUCCAUUUGCAUCUGCUCAAACAAUAUGAAAUAAAACUCAAGUUGGCAGUUUGUAGUCUUCAGCUCUCUCUCCUGUAUAGUUACACCAUAUUUACUUUUUCAUGUGACGUGCAUGAUUUCUAAAAGCAAUAGUCUUUGACGCAUUCAAUAUAAGCGAGAAGCGGAGGAGAGGGCUUCUCUUUCUGUUUUCACCUGGGAUUGUGGAAAUGUCCGAGUUAGCAUGACCUGUAAACGUUCGAGGCAAGGAGAUUAUUGCCUCCGUGUAUGUGAACUUGUUGACUGCCCAUAGCUGAAGAGAGAUUUGCUUUGCCACUCUCUAACGCAAGCCUUUAACUCUCCACCAGAGGGCGCACUGACAGCGUCCGCUCUUCAUUCUUAAGUUACUCGGAGAUGAUUGUUUUCUAAAAGAUUGCUUCUAACUUGUCAUCAUGGCUUUCUAACACAUUUUUGACUGGAUUAUGUACAUAAUCUGCCAACUUGAUUCAUUCCAUUUGUCAAAAAGGAGAACAGCUAAUAAAAACGUUUUUUUCUCAUA